GUAAUUUGUCAGUGCUCUUUUGACAUGUGAAAUUUUUGCUUUUAUUAUUUUUAUAUUUUGUAUCAAAUUGAUUUUUUUUAUUGUUUUGGAUUUAAAUUUAUAAUAAUGUCGUUUCUUACUGAAUAUUUCGAUGAAUAUCGCCAGCAUCCGAUCAAGAAAACUAAAAUGUGCCGGCCGGAGAAUCGCUGGGCGACACUUGAGGGCAAAUGGCUGGAUCCAAAAAAGGGCACAGAAGAUAAAACUUGGACCGAUGAAGAAAUUGAACAGUUCAUAAAGGACACGAUGAGAAGACUCCGCGGGCAGUCUACGUACUACAAUGAUUUCUGCGCGCAUCUUUCACCUGAAUUCAAAACACGUCCCUUCAAGCCUCGCGUGAAGAAGCUACGACCUUGCGGGGAGAAGGCUGAGGUGGUGCAGGAGGAGGUGCGGCCGCAGGGGGAGAAGUUGGCCAUGAAGGAUACAGAGCUGAUGAAGGUGGCCCGCGACAUGUACGAGGCUCCCCCGCGGCCCACUCUGCGCCCUCUGCCCACGCAUUACAGAAUUUUGGGUUACGUACGUCCUACAAACUACAACACUGGUCGCAGCGAUUACCAGGAGGGCAUAGCUCGGCUGGCUUACGAGUUGGUGAGAGACGAUCGCAUCCCGCGCUAUGAGGCGCACAACGGCUGCCGGCCGCGCUGGGGCUUGCCGCCUGAGGGGCAGAGACAACCAGAGCUUGAUAUUGUUCCCUUCGAAGAAGAAAGACUCUACUGAUAAAAAUAACUUACAAACAAAAGGCGGUUUCAUUGUUAUAUGUCACCUUCAAAUUGAGGAUCCAGUCAGUUUUGUAAUUUGCCCAUGAAAAUCGUUAUUUGUUUGCCUUUUACCAUAAAAAUCACAACUUAAUAAAUAAUAUAAAUGAAUGCAUACCACAAAUUCCUCUCCCUAAUGUUUAUGAUUAACAUAAACACAUCUUUGAUUAGCGAAGUGAGGUGCUAAUGAAAACAGAAUGUCAAUUUGAAGAACAAAAGGAUAUAAAGUUGUAAGGAAACUGUUCGUCUAACCGUGUUUUCAUUGACGAAACACCAAUAAAAACAUCUCGGUAUCUCUGUAUUUUUAAGUACGUGGAAAGGGAUGGGAAUAUGUUUUUGUUAAUGUUUGUCGGCAGUGGAAACUGGAGAAUGAAACAGAUCACAAUACGCGUGUAAUAAAAAUGGUAGUGACAUGAAAUGCAUUUGGCUUCCCGCCAAAUGAAAUGCGCACAACAGACCCCAGCCCUUUGUUAAACUCUAGUGAUGCUCUGAUUAAAGUAUCGAUGAAAACUUUAGGUAACACUUAAGUACUGAAAUUUCUGUGUAAAAUAUUUCCUUAUCCCAGUUUUAUUCAAAGAAAACGAGAUAAAGGGAAAUAUGUUUUAUAUAUAGGUUCCUUAAUUGUUCCAUCCGGAAUGUUGGAAUUUGUGCCGUGGACUCGUCGAAGUCGUAUUGAAAGGCACAAAGACAAUGUUAUAUUAUUUAUUUAAUACAAGGAAAACUAAAAACAUUGUU